ACGUAGCCGGUGUUCAACGUGUCUUAAACUUCUAGCCUAGGCAUAGUGGUUUGGUAAUUUGUUGCGGACUGCUUGAUUUGCAACGUGUUGAAUAGAAACAAAUGUUAAUAUGUUCAUGUCAAAUGUCUGUUAAAAUUUAACAGAAAUAUUUUUCAUUACAUUUAUAAAUUUAAAGAAAAUAUGUUGCCAAAUAGAACAUCCAUAACAAAUAGCAGAAAAGAUAUGUUUCCUGAUAAGAAAUCGACAUCUAAGCAAAUGAAAACUUCUACAUUAACAAACGCUGCUGGUCUUAGUUCUCUCAUUACUUUUACUGUUUUGCUACUUGCUUGGAUCUCAGGAUUUGCCUCUCGGUUAUUUGCAGUAAUACGAUUCGAAAGUAUUAUACACGAAUUCGAUCCAUGGUUUAACUACAGAGCAACAGCAUAUAUGGUGCAACAUGGAUUCUAUAAUUUUUUAAAUUGGUUUGAUGAAAGAGCAUGGUAUCCAUUGGGUCGUAUUGUAGGUGGAACUGUUUAUCCUGGAUUAAUGAUAACAUCUGGAUCUAUACAUUACAUAUUACAUUCUUUAAAUAUCCCAGUGCAUAUAAAAGACAUUUGUGUAUUCUUAGCUCCAAUAUUUAGUGGCCUCACAGCCAUUUCUACGUACUUAUUAACAAAAGAAAUAUGGAGUGCAGGUGCUGGUUUAUUUGCAGCAUGUUUUAUUGCAAUUGUACCUGGUUACAUUUCAAGAUCUGUAGCAGGAAGUUAUGACAAUGAAGGCAUUGCUAUUUUUGCACUCCAAAUUACAUAUUAUCUUUGGGUUAAAUCAGUUAAAACUGGUUCUAUAUUUUGGGCUUCUAUGACUACUUUGUCAUAUUUUUAUAUGGUAUCUGCAUGGGGUGGUUAUGUUUUUAUUAUUAAUUUAAUUCCACUUCAUGUUUUUAUAUUAUUAGUCAUGAAUCGGUUCAGUAAUCGUCUUUUUACAAGUUACACUACAUUCUAUAUUUUGGGGCUUUUACUAAGUAUGCAAAUACCAUUUGUUGGUUUUCAACCAAUAAGAACAUCAGAACACAUGGCAGCUGGAGGUGUAUUUGGUUUAUUAAUUUUUGUGGCAGCUUUCAGAUACUUAAAAACUGUACUUACGAAAUCUGAAAUGAAGUACUUUGGAGGAAUUGUUAUAGUUACAGCUGGUAUUCUCUUGUUUCUUUUAAUUUGUUUAACUUAUGCUGGUGUUGUUGCACCUUGGAGUGGAAGAUUUUAUUCACUUUGGGAUACUGGUUAUGCAAAAAUACACAUUCCAAUAAUAGCAUCUGUUUCUGAACAUCAACCUACAACAUGGUUUAGCUUUUUCUUCGAUUUACAUAUUCUUGUUACAACAUUUCCUGUGGGCCUUUGGUACUGCAUUAAACGUAUUAAUGAUGAACGCGUUUUCGUUAUAUUAUAUGCUAUAAGUGCCGUUUAUUUUGCUGGAGUAAUGGUGAGGCUCAUGCUCACUUUGACUCCUGUUGUUUGUAUGCUUGCUGGAGUAGCAUUCAGUGAUCUUCUUGAAUUGUUCUUUAAAGAGGAAGACAAUGAAAGAAAUGAUCGAAGUAGUAAUGGAAGUGAAGAAGAAAGUGAAGAAGAAAGAGAGAGAAGUCCUGGUAGAUCUCUUUACGAUAAAGCGGGUAAACUUCGUAGAAUGAAACAUGAGAGACCUAGGGGUAAUGGUGAUGGAUUAGGUGUUAAUCUUCGAAAUGGUGUUAUCAUUGGUGCAUUUAUGUUAAUGAUGAUGUUUACUUUGCAUUGCACUUGGAUUACGAGUAAUGCAUAUUCUAGCCCCUCAAUUGUUUUGUCAUCAUAUAGUAAUGAUGGUGGUAGAGCUAUUCUCGACGAUUUUAGAGAAGCUUAUUACUGGUUAGCCCAAAAUACUCCUAUUGAUGCUAGAAUUAUGAGUUGGUGGGAUUAUGGUUAUCAAAUUGCUGGAAUGGCUAAUAGAACUACACUUGUGGACAAUAACACUUGGAAUAAUUCACAUAUAGCUCUAGUUGGAAAGGCAUUGAGCUCAAAUGAAAGUGCUGCUUAUGAAAUCAUGUCAUCAUUAGAUGUAGAUUAUGUACUAGUUAUUUUUGGAGGAAUUAUUGGAUAUUCUGGAGAUGAUGUUAAUAAGUUCCUUUGGAUGGUACGAAUUGCUGAAGGUGAACAUCCACAAGAUAUUCGUGAAAGUGAUUAUUUUACUGAAAAAGGAGAAUUUCGUGUGGAUUCUGAAGGUUCACCUACUCUUUUGAAUUCACUAAUGUAUAAAUUAUGCUAUUAUCGAUUUGGAGAAGUAAAAAUGGAUUAUAGCUCGCCGUUUGGUUUCGAUCGUACGCGUAAUGCCGAAAUAGGAAAUAAAAAUUUUCAGUUGACAUAUUUGGAAGAAGCCUAUACAACUGAGCAUUGGCUUGUUAGAAUUUACAGGGUGAAAAAACCAAAUGAAUUUAAUAGACCGAGCAUUCCAAUAUCCAAACGAAUUGUUACACGUAAUGCCAAUUCAUAUGUCAGUAAAAAGACACCACGUCGCAAGAAAGGUUAUAUAAAAGGCCGGCCAAUUAUUAUUAAAGGACAAAAACCUCAACGAAAAACUACGUAACAUACAUUUCUUAUAUAAUUCAUAAUAAUUUUCAAAUACAACUUUUAUACUAAGAAAAAAGAAUUACCGUCCCUUGGGUCUACCACAAACUAU